UUCUUCCCUCACAUUAUCAACCCCUCUCACUCAUUCUAUUCCUUCUUGUCAUUAAGCUACCAGUAUAUGGUUAUAGCUUCUUCUUUUUCUUAGUAUAAGAAUGAGUGGUCGACGCCGUUUGGUAGCUGUUGUCAUCCAUCAGUCACCGGUCGAUCCCACUGAAUACUCGGAGCCCAGGUCGUGGAUCAAAGCACGCUCCACCAUGACGAAGGCGAAGCACGGGAGCAUCUUGCGUGGCCUAGAUUCUCACAAUGUUAUCACGAAACCGAGAUCACGAGGGCCUGCUCCCUUGUAUAGUACCAAGUUCCAUCCAAUGGAUACCGUCCUUCGCCCUUCCCAGGCUAGGAAGCGAGGCUUUACAACAGCUUUCGAGGAGAAAGAUGACAAGACUGACGGUACCUAUCAGCCGAACCAACCUUCGACGCCACCGAAGAGGAGGAUGCUAUCAAAACGUGCUAAGGAUUCAGACUCGCGGGCGAGGUAUACCUUCUCCAGAGAGGUGAUGGAGAUUCUUGACAACGAAGACAAAGUUAUCCCAGAUUCCGAAGACAGUGGGGUCGAUGACGAGACGAGCCAAGUGGUGCCGAAUAGGUUCCCCAGAAACCACGUAAUCCCGGACGAAAGCAAACAUAGUGAUAUGGAGCGGAGCUCAAUCGCUACGUCCGAAGACAUUACCAUAGAAGUCAUCCCUGACUCUAAGGAUGAAAGCGAACGCAGUGACAUGGAGCAGAGCUCAGUCGCCUCGGCCGAAGCCAUAACCAAAGAAGCCAUCCCUGACUCGGAGGAGGAUAUAGGGUACGGCGGUGAAUCGGAGAAUGAUGGGAGUGACAUCAUUGUUCAUUCAAAGCACACUGUUGUGACUGGAACGCCAACCGCCCCAGUGAGUGAGAAGUGUGCCGCAUCGAACGCAAUUCCGAAGAGCGACACUCCGAUAUUUGAAGACAGCGAUAUGAACAGUGAUAUGUGGUGGGAAACCAGAACCGAAGACCUCCAUCAUUCAGGUCCCAGUUCAUUCAGCGACAAUGAUGGCAACAACAUCAAAAUGCCUAGCAAGCUUCAAGUUAUGCCGCGAAAGGAAUACAAUGGGGUGUCUCCGGUUGCUAACCCGAAGACCAUCACGAACAGCAUCAUGUCUGACCACGCAGGUGAGGAGGAUAGGGACGAUGAGCCAAAAGGCUGCAACACGCGCGAGCCAACAGUAUAUCAAUUAUUCACAAGCCAAGAUGGCUCCUGGCUUUCAACGCCCAGAAACUCCCGAACCCUGCCGAAGUUUAUGGAUAGUGACAAUCGUGUGUAUGAGAUGGUCGACACCCUGGCGGACGAGAUGGGAUUGAGUGGUGAACAGAACAUGCAUUGGAGCGGCCAGACCUAUCAAAAUGAUGAUAGUGUUGAAACUCUUCGUGGUGACGACCCGCAGCAGCAAUUUGCCACCCUUCCGUCGACGCCGACGAACUCGAGUAGGAAACGAGUCUCUUUCGCUGAUACUGAUGCUAUACUCGAAAGUUCCCCUCAUGUCCAUGAUACGGUGGACAUUGCCUCUUCCGCCUUGAUGGAGGUCCGUUACAUCGAAGAUCUUCAAGCUACGAUGUCAGCUGCUGAUGCCACCAGCGGUAGCCAUCCGCUUCCUCCCGUCCCGAUCACGAGCCCCGAGAUGCGUUCAAUUCUCCAGUACGAUCCACCUCAGCAUUCGAAUGGUCAUACCAAUAGCGAUGAUGAUGAGACAGAUUCCGUGACCGGGGAUGAAGCUGGAGAGGAAGGGCGUCACGAUGAUGGCCCCAUCGAACCCGGUGAUAAAUUGCAGGAAUAUCAUCAACAGCGGCGCGAUAAGUAUCGCUCGCCAGAGCCUUAUGCUCCCUCUCAUCCGUCUUCGCUACCAUCCGUUGGACAGCGGAAGGGAAGUUUUAAGAUGGGAUGGACGACGGUGAACUGAUCGCAUGUGGUCGAUGGGGAGGCCGAAAAAAUGUUUAUGUUCAAUGAUGAUUUUGUGGGGGUUUUCUUAUGCUAUUUUCGGAGUUACAGCACAAUGUACCCAGAGUUCGGUUGGCAGGUCUUAUGGGAAGGGGAACCGCCCCCGAAUACUGUUAUGGAGUAUUAUUCUCAGUAGUCGUGACUGUACCUAGCAACGCUGAAUGAAAGAUACGCA